GAUGCACCAGUGAUUUCUAUGGCCAAGUCCAGAAACGGUCUGACGGCCGUCGGCCUGUCGGUGUUGGGAGCGUUUUUGGUCCUGUUGGCGUUCACAACGAAGAGCUGGGUGGUCACGGACGGCAAGCUGGAACAUCCGAAAUUCGAAAGGAUCGGUCUAUGGGUAGUUUGUUUCAAAGACUUUGAAGACUCGCAUCAUUGGUAUGAUACAAAAUUUGGAAAUUGUUGGUGGGUGUUUGAAGAAGAAUACUAUAUUAUCUAUGAUAUAUUAUUCAAAGGUUUUUAUAUUGCAACUCAAUUUUGGUUUUCUGCUUGUGUUCUCUUAACAGUGGUUGGUUUAUUCUACACUGCACUUUAUAUGUAUCUUAAUAGAGCAUAUGAACGUUAUGUGAAAAUUCUAUUUACCAUUGGAGGACUUGACAUAGCUGCAGCCAUAUGUGGUACUAUCGCUUUGGUAAUAUUUGGAAUACAUGGAGAUAGUAGAGUAUGGAUGCCACAUUGGGAACACAAUGACAUAGGCUGGAGUUAUGGUGUAGCAGUUGCAGGAACCAUUUCCCUUUAUGUUAGUGGAAUAUUGUUCACAAUAGAGGGACGGGUACACAAGAUCAAACGUCAAAAGAUGGCUAAUCAAAGGGCAAAUUAUGACUAUGAUAUACAUGAUCUAAAACAAUCAUCCCACACUGACAUAUAAAUUUCUCAUUUUUCUAUCAUGCUCAAAUAGCAGCAUGAAAAAUGACCAUGUUUUUAUAUUAAUUUAUUUUUAUUGAAUUGGUUUAGUCACUACCUUUUAAACUCAGACUCAUAGACUAAUGUCUGCAUGAAUGAUCGGAAUCUCUUUGCAAAGAAAACACUGGGUAUUUGUUUCUGGUAACAAAUAAUAUUAAUCAUAUGAAUGAGCACUUUUGAAUUUUUAGUCUGAAGAAAAUUAUUGUUUUCUGAUGACAAUUAUUACUUUGUUAUUUAUGAAUAAUUUUAAUUGACAAGUAGUAAUAAAUGACUUGAAGAUCAUAAUUUGAAUGUGCAAUUGAUCUGGAAUAGGAUAUUUAGAACAGUUUUAAAUGUCAGGUAUUCAAUUUAAAAUUUGUGAAUCUCAUUUUUAUAUGAAAAAGAGUCAUUUAACUAAAAUUGCUUGUGCAAUAAACAAAAUACUUUGAGGAUUUUGUAAGCAAAUGUAGUAUUAAGUGUAAGAAUAAAAUGUAUUAUAUAUUUUUAUACUUAGAUUAAUAUUUAUCCGUCCAAUUAAUUGUUAGUUAAUUUUAAUAAUUCAUGUUGCACUAUGUACAACAAUAUUUUUACACUUGAGUAUUACAUAUAAGGUACCUUAUAUUAUUUUGUUAAAUACAGCUUAUAAUUAUUUAAGGCAAAUUUUUAUACAUAAAAAACUAAGCUGUGUUAUUGAUGAAUACAUAAUUGUUUAUGUAAACAUUUUAUACAAUAUUUUGACUUUUCCAAUUGAAUAUUCCUAGUAUUAAAUUUUAUAUUUGUUUUAAAAAACAUAUAGUCUAUUAUAUAAGUAGUUGUAUUUUGAAGUGAAUUAAUUCCGUCCAUUUUCUUAGAAUUUUAUGAAUUAAUGUGGUAGUAUAAAUAUUUUAAAUUAGUGAAUUUCUAAUCUAAAAUUGUAAUAAAAAACAAAUUAAAUAUCAAUCUGCUAUAACACGGUAUUCAAUUGUUUGCCAUGUAUAAAUAAUUGUGAUUUUUUUAAAUUUAAUUUUAAGCUUACCUAAGUCUUUAGAUCUAUAUUAUAUGUAUUAUUGUAAUAUUUAGUUUGAGACGUUUGAACAAUCGUUUCUUUAUACCAAGCAUACAUAUCUUUAUUUUGUAUAAUUGAUUUUUAUUAUUUUACAAACGCACAACGAUUAAAUUCAGAACGUUUGCACUGUACAACAUGUCUAACUAUAUAUUUUUGUGGAAAUAAAAAA